AGAACUAACUACCUUCAAAAGGCGCAAAACUUACUGGAGGAUCGCCAGUUUUAUGUUCCUUGUGAAACCAAUCCCACCAAAAGCUCGACACGCGAAAUCAACUCCAACCUGUUGGCAAUAGAGAACUCGGGUGCAAUAACGCCGUCUGACCGACGCACGGCGAAGGCACAACAAAAGGCCUUAGCUCGAUUCUAUGGUCUCCCCAAAGUGUGCAAGGAGGACGCUCCUCUGCGACCCAUCGUGUCCCUGAAAGGCACUUCAACAUACGGACUGGCAAAGUGGCUGUUUAUGCGUCUCCAAUUUCUGACUGCUGAUUCGGAGACCACGGUCCGCCCAUCAAGACAAUUUGUCGAGAAAAUUAAAGGGGUAAGUCUCCUGCCAAUAGAUAUCAUGGAUUCUAACCCUCAGGAUCUGGCAGUCGAGACCGUCGAACUACUCCUAUGA